GCAAACAAUCUGAUAUUCCCCACUUUCUUUCCCAUUCUCCUUCCGCUUAUUCUCAUUUCCUUAUAUCUUCAACUACCUUUUUCUCCAAAACUCUUAGAAAUUGUUAUUAUUUUCAUUAAUAAUAAUAAUAAUAAUAAUAAUAAUAAUAAUAAUAAUAAUAAUAAUAAUAAUAAUGGAAAUUAAACCAUCAAAAUUCGAGAGAGUUUGUGUGUUUUGUGGAAGCAGUUCAGGCAAGAAAUCCAGUUACCAAGAAGCUGCUAUUGAUUUGGGCAAUGAACUGGUGGAGAGAAGGAUUGAUUUGGUGUAUGGAGGUGGCAGCGUGGGUCUAAUGGGUCAUGUUUCUCAAGCAGUUCAUCAUGGUGGGCGCAAUGUUCUAGGGAUCAUUCCAAAGAGCUUGGUUUCAGAAGAGAUUACUGGUGUAACUGUUGGGGAAAUGAAAACUGUAUCAAACAUGCACCAAAGGAAAGCUGAAAUGGCGAAACAAGCUGAUGCAUUCAUUGCAUUACCUGGUGGGUAUGGCACUCUUGAAGAACUACUAGAAGUGAUCACAUAUGCUCAGCUAGGAAUCCAUCGAAAACCGGUGGGGCUUUUGAAUGUGGAUGGGUACUACAAUUGCUUAUUGUCUUUUAUAGAUAAGGCCGUUGAUGAAGGCUUUAUCUCUGCAACUGCUCGUGGGAUCAUUGUGUCAGCACCAACGGCUAAAGAAUUGUUUACAAAGCUUGAGGAAUAUGUCCCCGAGAUCGAUGAGUUGUCGUCUAAGUUAAUCUGGGAAGAAGUGGACAGACCUAAUUAUGUCCCCGAAUCAGGUGUCACGACAUAAUUAAGCUUAUGGGCGCUGACGACAAUGAUGAUGAAGACGACAAUGCAGGUCAUUGGUAUGAUUUAGGAAGGGCAGGGAAGGAGCCUGAUAACCUUUGGUAUACACAAAAAGUACGGUAAUCUGUGAUGCUGCUAAUGCUAUAGCGUAUAUGGUUAUUUUGUGGUUUAGGAGGGAUUAGAGAUGUUAGUUCUUUUUGGGUACUUGGAAAAAAUAUCUAUUUCUCCAUUCUGCUAAUUUUGCUACAAUUUUCACUAUAAAGCACGCACAUAAAAAGAAAUAUGUAGCAAUUUGAUUUGGACGGAGGUGCAUUGACCACUACAUUUUGGUUGUAUACAUGAGCGGAAAUGAUUUUUAGUCUAAGUCUUAUGUUUAACCGAUCUGUUUCUGACUGUAAGCUCCAUUUCAAGUGUUAUUAGUAUAUAGUAGGAUGUUGUAGAUUGGAAAACAGUAAUUAUGCAGCUUCAUGUUUUAACUUAGUCUUAGUAACGAUCAAAUUGACUAGUUACGAGAAAGAAUUAUUUGUACCAAAGGAGGGUUCGUAAUUUGGCAUUCAAGAUAUAAAUAAAGUAGUCAACUCUGUAAAAUAUAGGAGUUUAUGUACAUUACUACAGUAUUUUAGAUUAUUAUUUGAGCUUCUUUGAUUGUUACUCUUCUUGUUUCUCAUGUUGUUAGCAGCUGAACCAGAUUAUAUGUAUAGUGAAAAGUGACAAUAAACAAAUUCACUAAACGUCAUGUUACUUUAAGAAUUCUAUUCUUCUUGAUUUAUCAUUGAUAUGUACAUUAUAUCACAAAUGGAAUAAGGAAGAAACUACACUUUUCAACUUUAGGCCUUCAUAGUUAUUCAA